CAGAGUAUAUUAUUAGGGCUGGCGUAUUUAAGUAUCCACAAACAAGUUUGACGCUAUUCCUUUAGACAAUUUAGCAACAUGAAUUUCUACAUUGCUGCAUUUGCUGUUUUUGGGUGUAUUGCCGUUGUGAGGUCGGAAAACUGUCAUACAGUGGCCGACUGUUACGAGACCAUUUGUCUUCAUCUGGACCAUCACAUCACGUGUGACUGGCCCCAAGAGUGCAACAACGGCAUUUGUCAUGGCUGGUGCUCAUGUGGGACACCUAGAGAGUGCGGUGUCACUGGUGAUUGUAGAGGAACUAUAAACUGUCAAGACCACCAGAAGGAACCACACUGCAUUGAGGGCCGAUGCAAAUGCAUUUCAGUAGACAACAACUAAAUAUUUUAAUAAAAUAUACCGUAAAAAAUA